UUUAUGUGCAGCUCGAAUUUCUUGAAUUGUUACAUACUGUGUAUCACAAACAAUGGUUUCAAGAUCUUAUUCCAACUUACUGGAUCUCACCUCCGGCAGCGGCUCCCCCACCUUCGGCCGCGAGGGCAAAAAGUUCCCCCGAGUGGCGACGGUCGCCGGAGUAUUAUCCGAGCUAGAAGACGAAAACCGAAGCAACUUAGGCUCGGAGACACCCUCGUCCAUUUCCCAAGACCGUAUGAUAAUAGUCGGCAAUCAGCUUCCACUCCGGGCCCACAGAACCGAAUCAUCCGAUGGUAAAAAGCACUGGACCUUCAGUUGGGAUGAAGAUUCCCUUUUACUACAACUGAAAGACGGCCUCGGUGAUGACGUGGAUGUAAUCUACGUCGGCUGUCUGAAGGAAGAAAUCGACCUCGACGAGCAAGAAGAAGUCGCUCAAACCCUCCUCGAAACUUUCAAAUGCGUCCCCGCUUUUAUCCCACCCGAGCUUUUCAGCAAAUUCUACCAUGGCUUCUGCAAGCAGCAUUUGUGGCCUCUGUUUCACUACAUGCUCCCUUUGUCGCCGGAUCUUGGCGGCAGAUUCGACCGGAGUUUAUGGCAGGCUUACGUGUCGGUGAAUAAAAUAUUCGCGGAUAAAGUGAUGGAGGUAAUUACCCCCGACGAAGACUUCGUUUGGAUCCACGAUUAUCACUUAAUGGUAUUGCCGACUUUUCUUCGAAAAAGAUUCAAUAGAGUCAAGCUUGGAUUUUUUCUUCAUAGCCCUUUUCCUUCUUCUGAGAUUUAUCGGACUUUGCCCGUAAGGAUCGAGCUUUUACGUGCGCUUUUGAACGCCGACCUCAUCGGAUUCCACACGUUCGAUUACGCAAGGCAUUUCCUUUCUUGUUGUAGUAGAAUGUUGGGUGUGUCGUAUCAAUCCAAACGGGGCUAUAUUGGGCUCGAGUAUUAUGGUCGUACAGUCAGCAUCAAGAUCCUACCCGUCGGGAUUCACAUGGGUCAAAUCUGCUCGGUUUUGGAUCUUCAAGAAACCGAGGCGAAGGUGGCUGAAUUACGGGACCGGUUCGCGGGUCGAACCGUUUUGCUCGGUGUGGACGAUAUGGAUAUCUUCAAAGGCAUAAGCUUGAAACUUCUCGCUUUCGAGCAAUUAUUGCACCAACAUCCCGAUAAACGGGGCAAAGUCGUUUUGGUCCAAAUCGCAAAUCCAGCUAGAGGCAGGGGCAAAGACGUCCAGGAAGUUCAGUCGGAAACUUACGCCACUGUAAAAAAAAUCAACACCCUCUUCGGAAAACCGGGUUACGAGCCUGUGGUCCUGCUCGACACUUCAUUACAGUCUUACGAAAGAAUCGCGUACUAUGUUAUCGCAGAGUGUUGUCUAGUGACAGCUGUCAGAGACGGAAUGAAUUUAAUACCGUACGAGUACAUUGUUUGCAGACAAGGAAACGAAAAAUUGGACAAAGCUUUGGGUUUGAACCCAUCAACACCAAAACAUAGCAUGUUAGUAGUUUCCGAGUUCAUCGGGUGCUCACCUUCACUCAGCGGUGCCAUUCGAGUCAACCCUUGGAACAUUGACUCAGUCGCAGAAGCAAUGGACACUGCUUUAAUGGUCUCCGAGCAGGAAAAACAAAUGCGGCACGAUAAGCACUAUAAGUACGUGAGUAGCCAUGACGUGGCGUAUUGGGCCCACAGCUUUUUGCUGGAUCUUGAACGAGCAUGCGCCGAUCAUGUGAGGAGGAGGUGUUGGGGUAUCGGGUUCGGGUUAGGGUUUCGUGUUAUCGCGUUGGAUCCGAGUUUCCGGAAGCUCUCGGUAGAGCACAUUGUGUCUGCAUACAAAAGGACGAAAAAUCGAGCGAUUCUAUUGGAUUAUGACGGGACGAUGACAUCACAGGGCGCGGGCGAUAUGAGCCCGAACGGUGAAGCUAUUGGGAUAUUGAAUAAGCUGUGUAGAGAGACGAAGAAUGUCGUUUUCGUUGUGAGUGGGAAGAAUAAAGAGACUUUGACAAAGUGGUUUAGCUCGUGCGAGGAUUUGGGCAUCGGAGCCGAGCAUGGAUAUUUCGUGAGGUUGCAACGAAGUGCGGAAUGGGAGACGUGUUUUGCUGCGCAAGAUUUGUACUGGAAGCAAAUAGCGGAGCCUGUAAUGCAGUUAUAUACAGAAACGACGGAUGGUUCGUUUAUCGAAUCGCAAGAGAUUGCGCUCGUGUGGAAUUACCAGCUGGCGGAUCCGGAUUUCGGGUCUUGUCAGGCUAAGGAGCUUCUAGAUCAUCUCGAGAGUGUUCUUGCUAACGAACCUGUCACUGUCAAAAGUGGUCAACACAUCGUCGAAGUCAAGCCUCAGGGAGUGAACAAAGGGCUAGUAGCGCAAAGGCUCGUAGGAAUGAUUCGACAAAAAGAAGUGCUUCCCGAUUUUGUGCUGUGUAUAGGCGAUGACAGAUCAGACGAGGACAUGUUUGAGGUUAUAACAAGUGCAAAGGAGGACGGUUUACUCUCUCCAGUUGCUGAAGUGUUUGCCUGUACAGUUGGACAGAAACCGAGCAAGGCUAAGUACUACUUGGAGGAUAUUUCCGAGAUUUUAAGGAUGUUUCAAGCCCUGGCUGAUGUGUCGGACCACUCUGCCAAAACCGUUUCGUUUUCUCCACAACAGGUCGUCAUCGAUAAAGUAUGAUAUAUACAUAUAUAGUUGUGUUUGCGUUCGAUUGAACCUAUCUAGCAUGUUUUUUUUUUUUGUCGGAGUUUCUGGUUUUAUUUGCGGUAUCUGAACCAAGAAUCUGAAACUCUGAUCGGUUAUUCGGUAUGAUUUUAUUUUAGGUAACUUGUUGUUAUGUGAUUCGGGAUUUGAUUAGUGACAUCAUAUUGGAGUAGAAGGGAGCAUUUCAUAUUCAUAUUAUGUACACUUGUGUUUCUUCCUU